CCUCCGAACAUGUUGGCCGAUCAUCCAAGCCUGUCUUUACUUUACUGGAUUGAUGACUAUUUCUUGGUGGCUGGAUCAUGGAGGAAGCAUUUCAUCUGUAUUUAAACAGGAUGCUGUCAACAUGUUCUAUGACAGUGAUCGGCCAGCAGGAGCCGCUGAUGAUAAUGGUGAUUCGCAGGGGGCAGAGACUUCACACAACCCUGCAGAGGAGGGGGAGCCAUCACAUGAAACCCACCAAAUCUCCGAGGGGGAUGGAUCUCAGGAAUAUGCUUCAGUAAACCGAAAACAGGCAGAUCAUACAGCCCAAGCAUCCUCAUCAAAGACCAGCGAACCUUCCCUUCUUUCCAGCAGAGUUCGUCUUAUCACGUGGAACAUUGAUGGUUUAGAUGAGAAAUGCAUAGGACAGCGUACCCGUGCUGUAUGUGAAAUCCUUAAGAGGUAUGCUCCAGAUAUCAUCUUUCUUCAAGAGGUCAUACCAGAGACUUGUAAG